AUGUUCAGCAACAAUUAUGUCGUCCCGAGUACCCAGUUCAAGGUUUUUGGUGAGCCAAAGGAAAUAUCGAAAAUCGCAGAUAGCGGGAAAAAGAUCGUAAACUGCUUUUGCGGUGACUGUGGAACCACAAUGUAUCGAUGGGGAGAUGGUUUUGGUGGUAAGGAAGGGAUGAGAAUCAUCCAGCCCGGGAUUCUAGAUGACAAAAGUGCUCUGGACAAUCUUCGCCCGGCCCUUGAGAUGUUUAUUGAAGAGCGGGUGAAAUGGAUCCCUGCUAUUGAGGGGCUUGCUCAGCAUGAGGGAAUGCCUCCGCCGUAA